AUGUUGGGAAAUGAGACAAGGAUAACUGAAUUCAUCCUGCUGGGAUUUGGAGAAUUCUAUGACAUACAGCUACCUCUUUUCCUGAUAUUUCUAGUGAUUUACAUUGUGACUUUAACUGGAAACAUUCUCAUAUUUGUGCUUGUUCUUUUUGAUCAGCACCUUCAUACUCCCAUGUACUUCUUCUUGGGAAACCUCUCCUUCCUGGAUACCUGUUAUAGCACCACUAUAUUUCCGAGGAUGCUUUCAGCUCUCGUGACUGGAAACCCAGAGAUUUCUUUCAGCAACUGCCUCACUCAGUGGUACCUCUGUGAUUCUUUGAUAGCAACAGAAUGCUGUUUACUCUGCAUGAUGUCUUAUGACAGGUAUCUGGCUGUAUGCAAACCAUUACAUUAUGAAACAGUUAUGAAGACUCAUACCUGUAUCCAGUUAGCAAUGGUAUCAUGGAUCAAUGGAUUUUUGGCUUUUUUGAUAGUGCUCCUUUUUCUGCUGCAGUUACCUUUUUGUGGCCCCAAUGAAAUUGACCAUUAUUUCUGUGACUAUUACUCACUCCUAAGUCUCUCUUGCAGUGACACCACCUUGAUGGAAAUCAUGGGCUAUGUUGUGGCUGUCAUUUUUACACUUUCCCCUUUUCUUCUAAUCUUGAUAUCGUACAUGUAUAUUAUAGUGGCUGUGUUGAAAAUUCCUUCUGUGUGUGGGAGACAAAAGGCAGUUUUUACCUGCUCAUCUCACUUGAUAGUUGUUUCUAUUUUUUAUGGCUCUUUAAUGAUGGUAUAUAUGUUGCCAAAGACUGAGGGAAAGAGAGGUGUGCAGAAAUUUUCCUCUCUCCUAUAUGUAGCAUUGCCUCCUCUGGCCAACCCAUUUAUAUACAGCCUGAGAAAUAAAGAGGUCAAAGAGGCUUUAAGAAAUAUGAUUGGGAAGAUCAUGCCAUAA